UGUUUUAUCACCUUUCAUCGAAACACAACAAGUUGAGUCAAGUAGCGGCACUAGCUAGCUAGCUAGCUAGCAAUGGCCACACCCACCGAUGAUCCCACCAUGGAGACCUGUGGCGACGUCUCCGAGUCCGACCCAACCAUGGAGACCAUCGGCGUCCUCUCCGAUGUCCCCAUGGUGAGCAGAAACCACUACAUAGGCGUCGCCUCCGCCAAUUUCAGGGUCCCUGGACCGCCAAGGAUCCCUAUACGUAUAAAGCGAGGACCAUGGGGUGGAAAUGGAGGCACCCAUAGGGAAAUGGAAGGCAAAUCACAACGUCUAGAAAGUUUAACAAUCUACCAUCAUGGCGUAGUUGAAGGGUUUCAAUUUUCCUACAUUGAUGAAGACGGGCAAAUCCGCACCGCUGGUCCUUGGGGUCAAAAUCGUAACUUGUUCAUUCACCAAAUAAUGUUUGGCCCAUCAGAGUAUGUGAAGGAGAUCUCUGGGCAUGGUCACAAAGCAAACACGUCCUAUCUGUGUCAAUUGAAGAUCGUCACCAACUACGCUGAGUAUGGUCCUUUUGGAGACUGGACCGGCAUUCCAUUCAGAUUUACUGUGCCAGAGAAUGAGACCGUGGUGGGCUUCUUUGGAAGCUAUGACACAUCUUUCGUCACAAAGAUUGGUGCUUACAUCAUCUCUAAAAAAAUUUGCUAGUAUUCGACCCUGCUCCAGCCUGCAGCUACCUGCAUGUUCCUCUCAAUCAUCAGAGUGUUUGAUUUCCUCCCGUUUCCACUGUUCCAGCAAUAAGAUGGCUAGCUAACAAGGGUGUUCCCCUUGUCUAUGCCUGUUUGCAUGUUGUGAUCUUUUAGUCAAAUCGAUCGUGUAACAUCUUUCCCCUUUUUUUCUUUGCAAUGUUCAAUGAUGUAAUUUUCAGAGAUUGUUUUCGUCAGAAUAAAACAUAUCAAUGCAUGAUAAAGUGGAAUGGUUCAUGUGUAAA